AUGUCCAGCCUAGCCAUGGCUUUGGCGGGGUUGAACAUUACCGUCCCUGGCCAUAAGGAGACCACGCCGGCCGAUUACCGCGUGACCAGGCCCCUCUUCAAACAGUGCGAUCCUCAGUGGGGCUCCACAAUGAUGGGCAAGGACACCAUCUGCCAGGUGGGCUGUCUCAUGUCAUCUACAUCCAUGGCGCUCAACUCGGCGGGCAUCAGCAUCGACGGAAAUGCAGCCAACCCCGGUACCCUCAAUGCAUGGCUCAAGGCCAACGGCGGCUAUGUAGACGGCGAGGACAUGGAUGAGGCAGUCGUGCCCAAAAUUGAUCCGGCUCGGAUCACCUGGCCUUCUGACGGCAUGCACACUAGUCAGGAUUUGACGCACAACCUGCUCCGCAGCUACUUGGCCCAGAACCGCACGGUCAUUGCCAACGUUCUGCAGGGCCAUCACUUUGUGCUCGCCGUUGGCUUUAGCUACCACGACGACGACGUGGUCUUUGUCAACGACCCAGGCUUUGAGACUACCCAGUACUCGAUGAAGAACGACGUGGUGGGGUGGCGUAUCUUUGAUGUCGCUGACACCUUCCAGCCCUAG